GAAGUAGCGGCGGCGCGGCCGAGGGCGGCGGGCGGCCGGCGGGAUGGGGGCCGGGGGCGGCGGGCGCCGCACUAGCUGAGCCCGACGCGGGGCCGCCGGCCCAGGCCGAGCAGCGCAGCGGCGGCGGAGGCGACGAGCAGGUGGCGGCGGCGGCUGCAGGACGGCUGUGCUCAGCGAGGGACCCUGCACCCGUGCCUGAGCAGCGACCAUGGGCCUGCUCGCCUACCUGAAGACCCAGUUCGUGGUGCACCUGCUCAUCGGGUUCGUGUUCGUGGUGAGCGGAUUGGUCAUCAAUUUCACCCAGCUGUGCACCCUGGCCCUCUGGCCCCUCAACAAGCAGCUGUACCGCCGCCUGAACUGCCGCCUUGCCUACUCGCUCUGGAGCCAGCUGGUCAUGCUGCUCGAGUGGUGGUCCUGUACCGAGUGCACCCUGUUCACCGAUGAGGACACCCUGGCCCACUUUGGCAAGGAACACGUGGUCGUCAUCCUCAACCACAACUUUGAAAUCGACUUCCUCUGUGGGUGGACAAUGUGCGAGCGGUUUGGCGUGUUGGGGAGCUCCAAGGUCCUGGCCAAAAAGGAGCUGCUGUACGUGCCCCUCAUCGGCUGGACCUGGUACUUCCUGGAGGUGGUGUUCUGCAAGCGCAAGUGGGAGGAGGACCGUGACACUGUCAUCCGGGGGCUGCGGCGCCUGUCCGACUACCCCGAGUACAUGUGGUUUCUCCUGUACUGCGAGGGAACACGCUUCACCGAGACCAAGCACCGCGUCAGCAUGGAGGUGGCCGCCUCCAAGGGGCUGCCCCCGCUCAAGUACCACCUGCUGCCACGCACCAAGGGCUUCACCACGGCCGUGCAGUGCCUCCAGGGGACAGUCGCUGCCAUCUACGACGUCACCCUCAACUUCAGAGGAAACAAGAACCCAUCCCUGCUGGGCAUCCUCUAUGGGAAGAAGUACGAGGCGGACAUGUGUGUGAGGAGAUUUCCUCUGGGAGAGAUCCCAGCGGACGAGAAGGAGGCGGCCCAAUGGCUCCAUAAACUCUACCAGGAGAAGGACGCACUGCAGGAGACCUACGAACAGAAGGGCACCUUCCCAGGGCAGCAGUUCAGACCCGCCCGGAGGCCUUGGACGCUCCUCAACUUCCUCUUCUGGGCCACCGUCCUCCUCUCGCCCCUCUUCAGCUUCGUGCUGGGCGUCUUCGCCAGCGGAUCCCCCCUCCUCAUCCUGACCUUCUUGGGCUUUGUGGGAGCAGCGUCCUUUGGAGUCCGCAGACUGAUAGGAGUGACGGAAAUAGAAAAAGGCUCCAACUAUGGCAACCAAGAGUUUAAGAAAAAAGAAUGAUUAAUGGCUGUGUUUGAACAUGCAUAACUCGACGGUGGUAUCCAGUUAACUCAAUUAAAAAACAGCAACAGAGCGAGGAGAGAGAGACACUUAGAAACUAUUUUUCUUAUUAACUGGUGACUAAUAUUAACAAAUAAAACUUGAGCCAAGA